AUGGGUAUCGAUUUGGACCGUCACCACGUGCGCAGCACUCACCGCAAGGCACCCAAGAGCGACAAUGUCUACCUCAAGCUCCUGGUGAAGCUGUACCGCUUCCUGGCCCGCCGUACCGAUGCCAACUUCAACAAGGUCGUCCUCAGACGCCUUUUUAUGUCCCGCAUCAACCGUCCUCCCGUCUCUCUGUCCCGCAUUGUCGGCCAGACCAAGCGCGGCCAGGAGGGCAAGACCGUUGUCGUUGUCGGCACCAUCACCGACGACAACCGUCUCCUCGAGGUCCCCAAGCUGACCAUCGCCGCCCUGCGAUACACCGCCACCGCCCGUGCCCGCAUUCUCGCUGCCGGCGGUGAGGCUCUGACCCUCGACCAGCUCGCUCUGCGUGCCCCCACCGGCAGCAACACCCUGCUGCUCCGUGGCCCCAAGAACGCCCGUGAGGCCGUCAAGCACUUCGGCAUGGGUCCCCACAAGAACAAGAAGCCCUACGUCCAGUCCAAGGGCCGCAAGUUCGAGCGUGCCCGUGGUCGCAGAAGGUCCCGUGGUUUCAAGGUUUAA